GUGAGGCGGCGCGGAUCUAAGCGGGGGGUCUACUCUCAGCGGCGGCCGGGCUGGGGUCAGGCGCGGGGUGGGAGUGGCGGUUGGGGGUCAGAUGCGGGGCCGCCGCUGUCUGGGUGAGGUGGGUGGGUAGACUUUUCGGAGCCGCGGAGCCGGAAACUGAAAGUCGCGGGAGGGGGGCCGGAAAAGUUCGCGACGUCCGCAGCGGUGCUUGGCUGCGCGCCUACCGCGGUGGCUCGGGGUUACAGCAGUACGGUCCCUGCCCCAGAUCUCGGUCCGGCAUCGCGCCCGAGGGACCCACGAGCCCCACUUGCCCUUACUGGCCUUGAGCGAAUACCUGGUCUCCCAGGCCACUUUUACCGCUCACCUCCCACCCACUUAUGCUUUUUGGAUGGGGCAGUCAAAUUUGGUCUGCCAAAUUUACGUCGCCUUUUCUGACACCCGGCUACACAAAUCACGGACACCACCUCCCCCAUAAGGCCUCUUCCCUGUUGGUGGUUUACCUUCCCUGUCCUCCUUUAUUUUUUCAGAUCUCACCUUUCUGCCCCUCAGAACCUCUGUUUCUCUGGAAACUAUCUUGCUUUUUGUAAAGUAGUCUGGCCUCGAACUACUGAGUGCUGGGAUUAAAGGGCCUGCGCCACCACCGCCCUGGAAACUAUGUUGAUGGGAUAGAUGCAUAUGUGUCAGGGUGUGGAGACUGAUCCCAGGGCCCUUAACCUCCUGACGCCUGCCUAAUGGAGGUUGGACCUAGUGUAUAUUCCACAUGAUGGACUUGAAGCCCUGAGUAGGUGGAAAGGACAUGAGAUUGAUUAGAACUCACAGACGUACUCCCAGCGGGCCCCAAAAUCGGAGAAACAAACUUUCAGCUCCGUGGACACAAUGCAAUGUCAUCAUUGUCUUGUGUGCAACUCACUAGCUUGGCUACCAGUCCCCCAGAGAAGUCACAGUUGACCUUGCCACCACGGCCCCUUCCUGCCUGCGUAACUGACUGAGAAAGGUGGUAUUUAGUGACCCAAAGUUAACUGUUAUCAGGUGGAGACCCCAAGCAAUCUCAAAUUGAUGUUUAAGUCUUAAAAAUUAACUUUAUUGCUGAAUACUUAAUGAUGGAUUUAUAAAUACUUGAGUUUUAAAAGCUGAAGGAAGGGUUGUUUUUUAUCAAGCCUUGUGUGUACAUCUGGAAGGCUGAGUGCUGUCAGCAGUUGUGUCUCUGGUCUGAACUGGUGGCUCCUUGCCUGCCUAGCAGGUCUGUGAGGUGUUUACCUGUUGGCUGUUUUUUUCCCUGGGACCCUCUAGUCCGUACCUAAACUGACUAUUCUCUGACAAUACAGGCUGCCUGGAACCCUGUUACUCUUCUCCUGUUUGCCAGUCACCAUGGGCUCCUCAGGAGAUUCUCCACUAUGUCCACACACCUGAGCAAGGGCCAUGUGCAUUCAUAACCUAGUCUCACUGGCUCCUGGGCUGCAGCACACUGAGCACUUCCAGUCAGAGCUCUCUGGGAAUCCCUGCUGUGGUUCCUCCUGCACCCAUGAAGUAGCAGCAGGCUGGACAGCACAGAGGACAUGGCAGCAGCCAACUUGGAGAAAACCUUCUUCCAAGAAGGAGAUGCUUCCUGCCUCUCCUCUCACUACUGUUUUCUGAGAGUUGGUUUGGGGUUUCCUUCUUGACAGUGGGGUGUCAGGCCUCCACUUCCCAUGUGGUUGCUACAUGGAUUGUCAGUGUAGCUUGGCAGGUGGGUUUCAUGGGGUGGGAGCUUUUACAGGCAUGGACAGGAUGACCUGGAGAAGAAAGAAAAAUCUAGAAAGAGUUGUCCAUAGAUCCUCCAGAUUAUGCCAAGGAUGGGCUGUGCGGCUUCCAGGCUUAUGCUGAACAUCUGUCCCUGUGUACUGGCCUUGCCCCCUUUACAUAGAGGGUUGGAGACAGCUUGGAUGCCACACUGGACAUCCAUCUCAUAAUUGUAGUGUGCUCGCCCUGUUCAUGUCCAUAGAGGAGGAGACACGGUGGCUGCUGCAUCUAGGAUCUGGGACCCAGGGCUUUGUGGUGUGUGGGGGUUGUAACUCACAUGGCUGCAGCCAGUGUGACUUCCCCUGGCUCCCUAGAACUGCUACAGCCUGGCUUCUCCAAGACCCUCCUGGGGACCAGGUUAGAAGCCAAGUACCUCUGUUCAGCCUGCAAAAACAUCCUGCGGAGGCCUUUCCAGGCCCAGUGUGGGCACCGCUACUGCUCCUUCUGCCUGACCAGCAUCCUCAGGCCUUUCCAGAUAACGCUGCCCGCAGAGAGGUGGAGAGCCUGCCAGCUGUCUGUCCCAAUGAUGGAUGCACUUGGAAGGGGACCUUGAAAGAAUACGAGAGCUGCCACGAAGGACUUUGCCCAUUCCUGCUGACGGAGUGUCCUGCAUGUAAAGGCCUGGUCCGCCUCAGCGAGAAGGAGCACCACACUGAGCAGGAAUGCCCCAAAAGGAGCCUGAGCUGCCAGCACUGCAGAGCACCCUGUAGCCACGUGGACCUGGAGGUACACUAUGAGGUCUGCCCCAAGUUUCCCUUAACCUGUGAUGGCUGUGGCAAGAAGAAGAUCCCUCGGGAGACGUUUCAGGACCAUGUUAGAGCAUGCAGCAAAUGCCGGGUUCUCUGCAGAUUCCACACCGUUGGCUGUUCAGAGAUGGUGGAGACUGAGAACCUGCAGGAUCAUGAGCUGCAGCGGCUACGGGAACACCUAGCCCUACUGCUGAGCUCAUUCUUGGAGGCCCAAGCCUCUCCAGGAACCUUGAACCAGGUGGGGCCAGAGCUACUCCAGCGGUGCCAGAUUUUGGAGCAGAAGAUAGCAACCUUUGAGAACAUUGUCUGCGUCUUGAACCGUGAAGUAGAGAGGGUAGCAGUGACUGCAGAGGCUUGUAGCCGGCAGCACCGGCUAGACCAGGACAAGAUUGAGGCCCUGAGUAACAAGGUGCAACAGCUGGAGAGGAGCAUCGGCCUCAAGGACCUGGCCAUGGCUGACCUGGAGCAGAAGGUCUCCGAGUUGGAAGUAUCCACCUAUGAUGGGGUCUUCAUCUGGAAGAUCUCUGACUUCACCAGAAAGCGUCAGGAAGCCGUAGCUGGCCGGACACCAGCUAUCUUCUCCCCAGCCUUCUACACAAGCAGAUAUGGCUACAAGAUGUGUCUACGAGUCUACUUGAAUGGCGACGGCACUGGGCGGGGAACUCAUCUGUCUCUCUUCUUCGUGGUGAUGAAAGGCCCCAAUGAUGCUCUGUUGCAGUGGCCUUUUAAUCAGAAGGUAACAUUGAUGUUGCUGGACCAUAACAACCGGGAGCAUGUGAUCGACGCAUUCAGGCCCGAUGUAACCUCGUCCUCCUUCCAGAGGCCUGUCAGUGACAUGAACAUCGCCAGUGGCUGCCCCCUCUUCUGCCCUGUGUCCAAGAUGGAGGCCAAGAAUUCCUAUGUGCGGGAUGAUGCGAUCUUCAUCAAAGCUAUUGUGGACCUAACAGGACUCUAGCCACCCCUGCUAAGAAUAGCAGCUCAGUGAGGAGCUGUCACAUUAGGCCAGCCAGGCCCUGCCACACACGGGUGGGCAGGCUUGGUGUAAAUGCUGGGGAGGGCCUCAGCCUAGAGCCAAUCACCAUCACACAGAAAGGCAGGAAGAAGCCUCCAGUUGGCCUUCAGCUGGCAAACUGAGUUGGACGGUCCACUGAGCUCAAGGGCCUGGUGGAGCCCGCUGGGGAGCUUCUCAGCUUUCCAAUAGGAAAGCUCCUGCUGUCUCCUCUGUCUGGGGAAGGGAGAGACCUGUAGGUGGGUGCUCAGAAAGGGCCUCUCCAGAGAGAGUCUCAAGAGCUGCAGCAGGAGCAAAGUGACUGGCCUUCCCCACCCCAUCCUUUGGAAAAGAGGUAGCGGCUACACAGGAGAAGGCAUGCGCCUGCAGGGUGUAGCCCAAGAGAGAAGCUCUCUGAGACAUAGGCCCUCACUGGAGAAGGGCCUGCCUGGGCUGCACAGCCUUGCCAGGUGGCCUGUAUGGGGGAGAAGUGAUUAAAUGUUGAGAUGUCUGUGCUGA